CGUAUCCGUACAUUCUCUGAUCUCUCACGCAAUUGCAUUCUAUCCUCUUCAUCAAUCAGCACAAUUCUCCGAAACAUCUCUCUCCCACAUAUCCCCCAUCAAAAUGAUGUCUCUCCGUGCAGCGGCGCGCUCAGCGCCCCGCGUCCUGUCCCGCGCUUCCUCCACAGCAUUCAGAAGAUGUCCCGCUGGAACGAGGGCACCUAGCAUGCUGAAGUCACAGUCAGCAUUCCUGCGGCCGCAACACGCCUCCGCAUUCUCAACAUCAGUCUUCCGCAGGGCCGCGGCCGGCGAGACGGACGAGGAGCUCUCGGCCAAGUUGGCGAGCGAGAUUGAGUUCGAGCAGGACGUCAAGGAAAACGAGCCCGUGCCAGCCAGCAUCAAGGAUUUCUUGGAGAACGGGCCGUUCGAGAUCCAAGACAGUCCCGGAAAGGAAGAGGUCCUUCUGACCCGGACGUUUGGAAAUGAGAAGAUCACUGUCAGCUUCUCCAUUGCCGACCUUCAAAACUACGACCCCGACCUCCAUGAGGAGGACUCGGCCCUCACUGACGAAGACCUCACCGAGGGCGGCCGUAACUCCCAGGACGCCAACGAAGCGGCGGAGCUGGCUGACGAGGACGAGGGCGCGGGACCGGACGCGGGGGUGCCGUGCAGGCUGCGGGUGAUCAUCGAGAAGCCCGGCAAGGGCGCGCUGAACAUUGAGGCGAUGGCGUCGGACGGCGGCAUCAUCGUCGAGAACCUGUACCACUACGCGGACCCGGCGCUCGCGCACGUCGAGUCGGCCGACGCCGCCCACAGGGCGCAGGACGUGUACCCCGGCCCGCCGUUCGGCAGCCUCGACGAGGACCUGCAGAUCCUGGUCGAGAGGUUCCUCGAGGAGCGCGGCGUCGCCCAGGCCCUGGCCGUCUUCGUGCCCGACUACAUGGACAUGAAGGAGCAGAAGGAGUACAUGGCCUGGCUGAACAACGUCAAGUCGUUUAUUGAUGCGUAAAGAAAAAGAAAAAGGAGAGCGUGUGGAGCGAGGAAACAUGGUGCUUUCCAUUGGUGUUGUUGGCGGCGGCGAUGCGCGAGGCAGCAAGGCCAGGGCUCGUCCAUGGGGAUUCCCCGAUCUUCUUAGUUGUAUUUUCUUCCCACUCGACUCUAUUAAUGAAAAGUGUACAAUAGGAGGAAAAUGUCUAGACUAGGGGGUGAUGACCAGGUACGAAAAUUUGCCAUCAGACGAAUGUAUAACAGUUGGAACCUGGAUCAACCAUUUGGCUCCAUCGAGUGCAAUCCCUCUCAAAGACCUCUGUCGCUUUUAAUCUACGUCCAACAUGAG